AUGUCAUAUGUACUUCGUUCUGCACGCGUAUCUUCCCUUUUAAAGUCUGGGGAAACAAAACCAAUAACUGUCAAAAAGCUCACUAAAAAGGCUUCAGAUCAAAGCGUGAAACAAGUGAGCAAAGGAAAAGCAAAAGACCAUGACCUUUCUAUUGAAACUGUAAAGGAACCUUUAAAGCAAGAAAACGAGAAAUUGGUUGGUGCCCACGUUAGUGUUUCUGGAGGAAUUCAUAAUGCUAUAAAGUAUAGUUUAAUUAUUGGCGCAAAUGCAUUUGCCAUUUUCUUACGAAAUCAACGUAGAUGGGAUGCUCAACCUCUUAAUCCUGAACACGUCUCCAUGUUUCGUGAAGGUUGUGAAGAGAAUAUGUAUCCAUCUGGUUCUGUGCUACCUCAUGGAAGUUAUCUGAUCAAUCUGGGUAAUCCUGAUCAAGAAAAGCGAGAAAAAAGUUAUAAAGCUUUUCUUGAAGAUUUGAAAAGAUGUGAAAUUUUGGGUCUCACUUUGUACAAUUUUCAUCCAGGUUCAACUGUUGGACAAUGUACGCCAGAAGAAUCUAUACAACAUAUUGCUGAUUGUAUUAAUAGAGCCCAUAAAGAGACGAAAAGUGUCAUUUGUGUGGUUGAAAAUAUGGCAGGUGCUGGAAAUUCUGUUGGAUCAAAAUUUGAAGAACUUGGUGAAAUAAUUUCACUGGUCAAAAAUAAAAAACGUGUUGGUGUGUGUAUUGAUACAUGCCAUACAUUUGCUGCGGGUUAUGAUCUUCGUACAAAGGAAAGAUAUGAAGAAACUAUGUCUGAAUUUUCUCGCCAUGUAGGCUUCCAAUAUUUACGAGGAAUGCAUUUGAAUGAUUCUCUCAAAGAAUUAGGUUCCCGUGUCGAUCGCCAUGCAAACAUCGGUAAAGGUUACUUGGGUUUGGAACCUUUUAGAUUAAUUAUGAAUGAUAGUCGUAUGGAUGAAAUACCUUUAAUUCUAGAGACUCCUGUGCCUGAUGAUGAUCUUGAAAUUUACCAAAAGGAAAUUGCUCUUUUAUACACUCUUGUUGGUAAACAGUCAUUGGCCGAUGCAAAUAUUCCAAAAAAUUUUGUAAAAAGUCAUGAUAUAAUUGAAAUUACAAAUUCAAAUUCAUUGGAACAAAUGGAAAAGGACAAGAAAAAUAUCAGAGCGAUUGAUGAUUCCAAUGUGACUGUUCCACAAAAAAAAAAGACUAAAACUAAACUUGGUAAAUCUGUACUAUCGAAAUCUGUUUUGUUUAAUGCAAGACGUUUGAGUUUUUUGUCUUCUUUACAACUACAAAAAAAAUCUCUUGUAAAACUUACAAAAUCACAAAGUCGUUUAUAUUCUCUUGACGUACAAAAAAAUGAAAAGGAAACAAUUAUAAAACUUUUAUAUAAUAUUGGCUCAAAGAAAGAAGCGGAACAGUAUCUACGCCAAUUUUCUUCGGUUGAAUCUCAAAAAUUUGCUGUAAUAAAAGUUGGUGGUGCUGUUAUUAGUGAUGAAAUAGAUUCUCUCGCUUCUUCACUUUCAUUUCUAAACCGUGUUGGCUUAUAUCCAAUUGUAUUACACGGAGGUGGUCCUCAACUUAAUAUAGAAUUAUCAAAGGCUGGUAUAAAACCUGAUUAUAAAGAUGGUAUUAGAAUAACUGAUGCAAAAACCCUUGAAAUCGCAAGAUCUAUAUUUAUCAAAGAAAAUCUUAAAUUGGUUGAAGCAUUAGAAAAAUUGGGAACUCGUGCACGACCUAUAACAGGUGGUGUAUUCAUCGCUGAUUAUUUGGAUAGAGAAAGUUACGGGUAUGUUGGACAAAUUACUGGAAUAAAUAAAAAUGUUGUAAAUGCUAGUAUCAACGCAGGUGCAUUACCUAUCUUGACGAGCUUAGCAGAAACUCCUUCUGGUCAAAUAUUGAAUGUAAAUGCUGAUGUAGCUGCUGGUGAAUUGGCAAAAGUUCUCGAACCUUUAAAAAUUAUUUACCUUAAUGAAAAAGGUGGUCUUAUAAAUGAAGAAACUAAGAAAAAAAUCGAUGUCAUAAAUCUUGAUGAGGAAUAUGAUCAUUAUAUGGCACAACCAUGGGUCAAAUAUGGAACGCGUUUGAAAUUGAUAGAGAUUAAAGAUCUUCUUGAUCAUCUUCCUCGAUCAUCAUCUGUAGCUAUUACAGCCGUAGGACAGCUCCCGAAGGAGCUCUUUACAGAUAGUGGUGCUGGUACUUUAAUUCGUCGUGGUUAUCGUCUCUUUAAGUACAACUCAUUUGACGAAAUGGAUAAAAAUAAAUUACAAAAGAUCUUGCAAACAAGCCCAAAUUCCGAUUUUAUGUCAAAAAUUUCAAAAAAAUCUUAUAAAGUCUACAGUGACGAACCUUAUGAUGUCUUGGCAGUUGUUACCCAAGACAAAUCUAAUCCAAAUUCUAUUCCUCUUCUCGAGAAAUUCAUUGCUACAGAAAAUAGCAUAUUAAGUAAUAUAAUUGAUAAUAUAUGGCAAAUUAUCCAAAAUGAUAAUCCUCGAUUACUUUGGGCUGUCGAUGAUCAUGAUGAAAAUAAGGCUUGGCACUUUUCAAGAUCAGAUGGUAGUUAUACAAUAAAUGGAAAAACUUUGUUUUGGUAUGGUAUAAAUGUCAAUGAUGUUUCCGCCGCGGUUAAAGAUUUUGCUGCUACGCUAUUCGAAACGAAUACAACUCCAUCUUCAGGUCGUGCAUUCGCUAAUGCCUCCAGAACGUUUUCCACUUUUGCUCGACAUAAUCAACAUAAUAAUGCAUUUUCAAUGUCAAAUCUAUCACGUCGUCAAUAUGCUACCCUUACAUCUCCAUCAAAAGUUGCACUUAUUGGUGCACGUGGAUACACUGGCCAAAACUUUGUAUCAUUGUUAAACAAUCAUCCACAUAUUUCAUUAUCUCACGUGUCUUCUCGUGAAUUGGAAGGCCAAGAACUCUCUGGUUAUUCAAAAGAAAAGAUCAAAUAUGUAAACUUGAAUACGGAACAGAUUAAAGAUAUGCAAAAAAAUGGUGAAGUUGAUUGUUGGGUCAUGGCUUUGCCAAAUGGUAUAUGUACACCAUUUGUACAAGCUGUUAAUGAGGGUCAAACCAACAAAAGUUUAAUUGUAGAUUUAAGCGCAGAUCAUAGAUUCAACGAUGAAUGGACAUACGGUUUACCCGAACUUGGUGAUCGUGAAUCCUUUCGUAAUUCUACAAAAAUAUCAAAUCCUGGAUGUUAUGCCACUGGAUCUCAACUUUCCAUAGCACCAUUGUUACCAUACAUAUCCGAAACUCCUACCAUUUUUGGUGUAUCUGGGUAUUCUGGUGCUGGAACCAAACCGUCUCCUAAAAAUGAUCCUAAAUUUCUCGAAAACAAUAUGAUACCAUAUUCUCUUACAGAUCAUAUUCAUGAGCGAGAAAUUUCAUACCAUUUAGGAAGAGCCGUAAAUUUCAUCCCACAUGUCGCACCUUUCUUCCAAGGAAUAACCUUGACUGUCAAUAUUCCCCUCUCAAAAACGUUCAGAUCUGCGGAAAUACGCGAAUUAUACGAACAAAAAUAUGCUGAUGAAAAACUCAUCAAAGUUGUAGAUGAUGUACCACUUGUAAAAGAUAUUUCUAAAAAACAUAUUGUGAAAAUUGGUGGAUUCGGUGUACAUUCAUCAGGCAAAAGAGUUGUAAUCAUAACAACUAUUGAUAACUUAUUGAAAGGUGCUGCUACUCAAGCUUUACAGAAUAUUAACCUUGCCCUCGGGUAUAAUGAAUAUGAAGGUAUUCCUAUGGAAUAA